AUGGAGAUCUCUACUUUGUGCCCCGCCAGCUCAGGCCACGUCGAGCUCCUGGAGUUCUCUUGGCCACCUGACCCUGGAGUUGACGGUCAGAGGUCAUGUGUUGCUUAUGUGCUCAUGAUCCGAGAGGGGGGCUUCCUGCUGGCAGUUCCGGACCCUUUCUUUUCAGACGAGGACCUGGGGAUAGCAGGGUCGGAUUUGGGCCCCUACCUUCGUCUUCAGCCCUCUCCCGUUGCACUUUCACCGGAUGGGGAGUGGGUCCCUGCCGACUCCCCGACUCCUGUCCCCGCCCUGCUCCUCGACCUUCCCGAAACGUCGACCAUGCUUUUGAGUCCGUUUGAGCGCGAAUUUUUGGAGGGGGAGCACUUUGUGGCUGGCGACCCAGCUCUCUUUCCUUUGGCUUCGGACGUGCUGGUCCAGGCUCGUGCGUGGAUUGUCUCGGACGCCACCGGGGACUUAGCCUCUGGAUACCACACGGCAGAAGAGCCAGGGGCGGUCCCUCCCGUGAACCCGAAGCGCGCCCCGAAGGCGAAGCGACCUACCGUUGCACAACUGGCACAGCAGCAGGCAACACUCACUACUAUAGUGGCGCGCUUAAGCGAACAGCUCGAGCAGCUCCAGCAGCAGGGGGCCGCUCACGCCGGUGGCUUCCCUCCCACAGGUGCCGCUCAGGUUGCCACAGGUCAGGCCCAAGGCUCAGGUGCAGUUGCCUCCCAGGUUGCGGCAGGUCAGGCUCAGGUCCCGGAGGCAGGUGCAUCACACGUCUCUGCUGGUCAGGUGCAGAGCGCAGGAGCCGGCUCAGGUCAGAAUGCUUUAGGUCAGGUGUCGGGUCGCGGUUUCCUCCUGCAAGACGCUCGGGCAGCGAUCCGGGAAGCGCCCUUGAGCAGCAACUUUCUGCCUUUUCAGAGAGAGCCAAAGUCUUUGGCGUCAGUGCUGGGUCCCCCUCCUCCGUCUGCGAGGGCCCUUCUGCCAAGACCAGAGCGGGAGACAGACAAGGACGCCCUGCUGGCGAGUGCUAUUUCAAACGGCGAGCUGCCCGACGUGAGGCCACCCGAGGAUUUAGCGAGUGCCGUCUUGGCGGCUCAGAGCCGGGCCCUGGCCGCCUUGGCAGGACAUCUCUCCCUGAAUUCCGACCCCGUGCUGGACCCACAGACCACCACGGGCAGCCGGAGGAUGGCCCCAGCCGGGGUGGCCCUUCAG